CAUUCAAACAAAGGCGGUAGGUUCAGUAAGAGAAGCGUCUGCAGAGCUGCUGGCUGCACCCGUACGGCUCUCCCUUUACUUCCUACACAAAUGGCCUCCCAGAACAUAGACCCGGCGGCGUCUUCAGCCACGGCCAGGAAAGGGAUGGAGCCCGGAGCUCAGGCGGCGCGGGGCUCUGUGGGGAAGCGGCUGCAGCAGGAGCUCAUGGCGCUGAUGAUGUCCGGAGAUAAGGGCAUCUCUGCCUUCCCGGAGUCCGAUAACCUCUUCAAGUGGAUCGGAACCAUAGACGGAGCCGCGGGGACGGUUUAUGAGAAUCUGAGAUACAAGCUCUCUUUGGAGUUUCCAAGCGGCUACCCCUACAACGCUCCCACUGUGAAAUUUAUCACUCCGUGCUUUCACCCAAACGUGGACAGCCAUGGAACCAUCUGCUUGGACAUCCUAAAGGACAAAUGGUCAGCGUUAUAUGAUGUCAGAACCAUCCUGCUUUCUCUGCAGAGCCUACUAGGAGAGCCCAAUAACGAGAGCCCCUUGAAUCCACACGCGGCAGAACUUUGGCAGAACCAGUCAGCGUACAAGAAACACCUACACGAGCAGUACAAGAAACAGAUGAAGGAGAAGGACAUCUGACGUCUCGCUGUGUGCCCUGCACUCUACAUGACUGCUGUAAUAUAUGCUUAACUUAAUACUAGUUGUCUGAUUGUACAAAUAAAGUGGUUUUAUAACUGUC